AUGUCCCGAAGCUUGGUCAUAAUCCCGCUCCUGGCAACGGUUGCGGUAGCUGACCUCACCAACAUGGUGUCAGGAUGGUUUGAAACUUCCAUGACAGAACUUGAUAAAGAUAUAAGGGACCCGGUCAUCGACGCAAAAAGUAAUCCUACGGUUACACGCUCUGUGAAGUUUGGAAUGCUGGAAGAAUACUGGUCUUCCUUGCCAGAAGACUCGGUAGUGCGGAACUCGGAGUGGACGUGGCGAGUCAACAUCAGCGACGUCGCAACCCCCAAGGUAGAAGACAAUGACCUCGCUGACCCGCAUGUGGUCAGCACAACAUAUGACUUCACGUGGCCUUAUGGGGACGACCUUUCGGAGGCUCUGGACGGCGCCAACUCGAGCUUCUGCAUGAGCGUUGUGGAAAGCCUGGACCUCCCCGUCAGCGUCCUGAACGGGUACACUGAAGACGACGCCAAUAGCACCAGCUGCGUACCCGCGCUCGGCCAAGAUUGCGUCGCCGCCAUCCUGCAGCGCGGCGCCAUCAGCGCGGCGGGCAACGGCAGCUAUUGCAGUAGUCCUGCAGAACCGUGGAACUUGCUGUCGGCCUGCAAGGACUCCCUCGGAGACGCAGCCGACUGGGGCAUGGACGGCACAGGCUAUGCCCUCGGCGGCCUUGACGCUAGCAGCAAUGAGACCAGCAGGCCGUGGACCAAUGGCAAGGGCUUCAAGUAUGACAUUCUGAGGGACUUGAACGGCAGUCUCAGCGACGAUUACCUCCUAGCAGUGAACAAGCUGCACAUUCUCAUGUUCAAUGCGCAGAUACCUACGGGCAACGGCAAUGAGUACAUUGGGGGACCUGAGUUACACUGCAUGCGUGUUAACACAACUCAACUUGAAGAACGGGACGCGGACGGCGAUGGUGUGGCCAUGGCCAGUGAGAAUGAGCGCAGCCUGGGGACAUCGCUAAGCGGGACGACGUUGAGCUUUAGCAUUGGGUUCGCCAUUGUAACAUUCGCUGUCCUGAAAGUCCUAUAA